AAACACUCCCCUAAUCCCCUCCAUCUUGCCGCCGCCGCCGCCGGAUUGCUUCCGCCCGUCGCCAUGUCCGCCGCGGGAGACCGCUCUCCCCCGCGAGAGGAAGGCCGCGCUUCGAUUCGCGCCCGGGCUCUCCCCAGCGGGCCGCCGGCCGGGAGGCUCAUCGACGACAUCCUCGUGGAGAUCCUCUCGCGCGUCCCGGCCAAGGAACUCUGCCGCUGCAAGAGCGUCUCGAAGCACUGGUUCGGCCUCAUCCACCACCCCGACCACCGCAAGCGGCUCCCCCAAACCCUGGCCGGCUUCUUCUACGGCAGCAGCGCCGGCACCACCGCGCAGCGGCUCCUGGAGCUGCCCUUCCGCUUCACCAGCGUCUCGGGGGACCGCUGCCCUCCGUUCGGCGCCUCCCUCACCUUCCUGCCCAACCACCACCUGCCCGUCGAUCUGCUGGACUCCUGCAACGGCCUCCUCCUCUGCCGAUGUUACCACGUCUCCGACGGGGUUGGCGCGUUCCAUUACGUCGUGUGCAAUCCCGCCACCCAGAAGUGGGUCGUGUUGCCCAGCUCCUGCAAGGACAGCAGCGAGGUGGCCACCACAUCUCUGGGCUUCGACCCGGCUCUAUCGUCGCAUUUCCAUGUGUUUGAGCUGGUAGUUGAGCAGAAUUAUACUCAGGACACUGAGCUUUGCGGAGUGGCGGUGUAUUCGUCUGAAACCGGAGAAUGGAUUUAUAAGGAGAAGAGAUGGAACAGAGCUAGUCGGCACUCCGCAACAGUCUUUCUCGACGGCCUUCUGUUUUUUCGUGUCCUUGACCUUGAAUAUCACGACUGUGUGGCUGCGGUGGACACAAAGGGAGAAACAUGGAUGAAAUUCAGGGUCCCUGGUGGUCAGGUUGAUGAUUUUGGUCUGGCUGAUGGUUUUGUUCAGCAGAUGUUAUUCAGGGUUCCUGGUGGUCCGGCUGAUGAUUUUGGUCUGGCUCAUGGUUUUAUUCAGCAGUCGCAGGGCUGCUUGCAUUUUGCCAAUUUUCAGAGGGAUGAACAUGGUGUUGGCAUUCGAUUGGUGGUUUAUGUUCUGAAAAACUAUGAAAGCGAAGAAUGGAUAGUGAAGCAUAGCAUUAAAACUUCAGACAUAUGUGGAUGGACAGAUUUAUGGCUUGAUGCGGAUUUUGAUUUCAUUGCGAUUCAUCCAGAAUGCAACUCGUUGUUCUUCAUUGCGGGGGGUGUCACAUUAAUGUGCUAUAAUAUGGAUAAUCGGCAGGUCAAAGUGAUCUCCUAUCUUGGAGGUGCCAAGCCGCUAUUUCUGCCCUAUGUGCCGUUGUACACAGAGUCACUAUCACUGCACUGCUAAGUGGAUCUCUGAUCGGAGUCAAUUCUUCAUUCUAUGGGGCAGCGUGCUUGCCAUGUCUGCUUGAAUUUGGCUCUCAUUUGCUCUGACUGAUGAAUGCAUGUUUUUCUGGUUUGGAGCAAUGGUGGUUCAGUAUGGAGGGAAUUUGACUGAUUUCUCUGUGAUCUGCUAUCCAAAUUUGCACUAAACUUUCUGCCAUAUGUAUUGGUCUCUGGUUUAGUCAACUUCUACCUUCAUGCAUUGCUUAACCUCGUGUAGCGUUUGUGUUAAGGUACUAUGAUCAUUAUGUAAGACAUGGACAAUGGUUAUCAUGCAGGAAAACUUUUCUCGAA